UCCGACUCCCCGGAAAGAUGUGCUCCCGUGGAUCCUGCCACAGCCGCGAGACCUCCUGCCACAGCUCCCGCUCCUCCUGCCAUGACUCGGGACCUUCCUGCCAUUCCACCUUCCAGAGGGAACCCGUGCCUCAGUUCCCCUGCGUGACACCUUGCUACACCCCUGUGCAGCGCUACUGCCCACCCGUGCAGACCUAUUGCCCCCCCGUGCAGCGCUACUGCCCCCCCGUGCAGCCCUACUGCCCCCAGUACACCAAGAACAUCUGCAAGCUGCC